AUGACAGCUAAGUGGAUAUGGGAGAACACCAACAGCAACACUGCUUAUUGCAGACUAACACUACAGUAAAAAAAAGUCAUGAAGAGAUUGUUAUUCCAAGCUAAUUAAUUGUUAUUCAUAAUUUGCAUCAGUUCUCUCGCAUAUAGCAAAUAAAGUGAUCCUUUCUUUGUUGCCUUAAAGAAGCUGUGUCACAAAUUUUAUCAACAUUCAAGCAGCUGGAAACUGCCACCAAAUUGAGUGAAACAUAAAAUGGCCGCUCAAAACGUUAAAAGGAGGUAUCAAUAACACAGUAAAAAACGAACAAAAAUUGCAGUUGUGAAGUUUGAAAACUUUUUAGCCUAAGUUCAUUCUUUCAAGGAUACUUUGUUGUUAGCCUGCGAACAGCAGACGUUUCUCUUCGCUCAUCGCCGUUGAGGGAUGUUUCGCGAGGAGGAACGUCAUCGACUCAGCGACAGAAAUUCCAUACUGAUGACGCAAAAUCUGUCCGAAAUCCGGUCAGAGGCGCUAAUUGGUCGACAGAGUAGUUUCAUUGUUCUAGCUAUUGUUUACGAAUGACAGACAAAAGACAAAAGGCGGCAAAGGUCAAAUGUAAACACGGUGAAUAUCUAACAAAACAGUCAUAGGCGCGGAUCUAGAAUAAAUACUGACCGAUUUCCUAUUCUAGGGAGGUCUGGGGGAAUGCUCCCCUGGGUAAUGUUUUGGAUUUUAACCCCCCAAAGUCCCCUUUCCUGGGUUUCUGAGUCUUUCAGACAGGAUAUUCACUGACACUCCCAACCAUUUUCCAGAUUUCAACUUGGAAGGUUUAAAGUUUUAACCAAAAAUAUAUCUAUUAUGAAAUAUCUGACCGAUUUCCGUAAAACGGUGGAAACCGGUAUGGAUCCGCGCCCGAGUCAAUAUGUGAGGAAUAUAGUCUUCUCUAGAAGAAGCAUUAAUGAGUUUAGCUGGAGCUCACUCGCAGAUGAACGCAACAGUUUUCCAAAAUCGACCAGGAAAAACGUAAAAUUGAACAAAUUUGCAUUUGGAAUACCGGAUUUAUUAUGUAGACAUUGAUUUACGUCAUCAGCAUGGAAUUUCUGUCGCUGAGUUCCUCCUCGCUGAGUUCCCAGGCGAUGAGCGAGGAGAAACGUUUGCCGUUCGCAGUCUAAUUUGUUGUUUCUAAAGUUUGAUCAUCCAAGAACCGAUUACCCGCCACCUGAUUUGACAUACUGUAAUGCUUAGGAGACAUAUUCGUUUGACACAAAGCUGUGGUUUGACUUUCACAAGUCAGGCUGACAAGUCAUUUUUUAAAUUCCAGUGAGAAAAACGGACGUGUAACUAAAGGGUGUCAAUAUGGGGUGGCAGGUUUGACUGUUGACAGUAAAGUUUUUCCAAUUUUGACGGCUGACGGUUAAUUUUAGAGCUUUGUACGGUGUUGACAGUUACUAAGUGGAAAUUAGUCCAAAAGUGAAAUAAAUAUCAACUUCUUAUAUGAAUUAAUAUUAACUGUUGUGGUUGUAUUUUAGCGGUUGCUUGGUUUUUCACUUGCAAAAUUUUGAAAUAUUUUCAGAUAUAAGCCGCAGGUUUAUAAAGUAUUGUAAUGUUUAGAUAGAGUGUUUUUGAGAAGCUAGGAACUGGUUUUUCCAGUUUAGAAAUUCUUCAGGAACGGCUAAAAUAGUUAGAUUUUAAAUACUCGGAAAUUUUUUGAUAGUUAAUCUUACCCUGCAUUUUUGACGGUUGACGGUAAAAAAUAUGAACCUUUUUUGAAGGUUGACGGCUUUUGAAAUUUUUAGGCCGUUUGACGGCUGACGGUAACCCCAUUGAGACCCUUUAACUAGCCGAUUAUAAACCAAACAGUGACUGAUCCAGACCUUCAGAUAAGUGGGAGGAGGGGGAGGAGGUCAUCCAGACCCUAAGAUAAGGGAGGUGGGGCGGUCUCAAAAAUUUUUUUCGGCCUUAAGGGCCUCAGUUUGGUCUUUUGGCCCCCCGGGCCCCUUCCCUGGAUCCGCCACUGCACAAUGAACGAACUAGCCAGCCGUCACGCAGCUUCUUAUCCUAUCGUUGUCAUUGAACCAUCUUUUAAAUUUCGAGCUAAAAUUAUUUGAAAAUGAAAGAGGCCUCUUGCUUUUCUCAGACACUCACUGCAAUGAAGCUGUAAUAGACGUUAACAAGACUGACACAUUUUGUAUAGUGCUCGGAAAAUUCAAAAUAUACAAUAAAAAGACAAAAUUAACCGGUAAAUACUCGCUCAGUGAUCUUGUGUUUUCUUGAAUCUGAUUGGUUUGCUAUCUCGUAAUAAUGAGAAAUACUAUUCGCUAUCGAGGGGAAUAGUAGUUUUAAGGUCUUAAUCAGAAGCGUAAGACUUUACGAUCUAGAGAAAACAGCGUUGUGAUCCAGUUUACGAUUCCUUCGCUUACGAUCAAUUGAAAACUAGGUUAUCAGAGUCGCAAGCAGAAGUGAAUGAACUAAACCAAUCACAAAGUGUGAGAACGUGCAUUGUGAUUGGUCCUUCCGCUUCGGCUUCCGUCUCCGACAAUCUGGUUUUUACUGGAUUGUAAGCGACGGACUCGUAAGCGGAGUCAGAAGAAAAUGGAAACUUUUUGACUGGUUCUUGCGACCCCUAUUCCGUCGCCCUUCUUAUGACUCUGCUUACGACUCCGAUUUUUGGUUUUCAUUAAUUAAGUUAUAAGCGCUCAUGCGACUCUGCUUACGAUUCCGACUCUGACUCUGUCGCUAGGCAAACGAAUAACAACUCCCAACGUUGUUGGGAGUUGUUGCGACCGUUUUUAAGUAGCUUGACCGGUUUCAAACUUUGCUAAACAACUUCCAACAACACAUAACAACAUGCCAUUCAACAGGGUGUGCAAACGGCACGGCAUGUAACAUCCAACAUCGUUGCGUCCGUUUGCACGGGGCUUUAGGAAUAUUUACCACUAUUUUAAACAAUUGUUAACUAUUAUAGGUUCAGCAGAAAUACCCUCCAACAUACAAUACAAUACAAGGUUAAGCAAGGGUGGAUGAAAAAAAACUUCGAGAACUCCGCAUUUCUGAAAAGUGUUCAAAACGUUUUUGAUAAAUAUUCGACUUGGUCUGUUUUCUUCCCCAUUAGAGACUAGAUCGCUAAUUUUUAGAAUUUUUUGGCAAAACACCUGAUAGAAUCCUUUAUGAUGUGUUCUUUCGUGUGUUUAGGUUUUCUAUAGAGUCUUUUAAUGCCCUGACAUGUUCAUUUAUAACAUUUUAAAACAAGACGCUAUCCUGGCACUGAGACGUACAAAACGUUGCUAUGGCAAUUUCCUAAUUUCACAUGUCAAAGUUUAAAUUAACGCUCAAAAAUUUUGCGCUAAAAUUAGGGAGUACAAUUUGAUAUUAGGGUUGAAAACAUAAAGCAGCUCACCGACUAUUUUCAACGUGAAACCUAAAUAAACUGAGAGACUCUGUCCCAGCUUACAGGCGCAUAUGAUGGCUAAUCACUUGACAAGCUAUCUGUGUGACAAGAAUGGAAUAAUACCACUUUUAGAAAUUGUUUGCCGUUAGUUGUCAUUUUGGUGAUGCUGCCGUCGUUACUUCAUUCAACUUAGUAGCAGUACACAGAAAAUUGAGUGGAAAACGAAAUCUCGAUUGAUCCUAUAAUCUAGAUCAAACGAAAACAAACCCCCAUGGCACCUUAAGUCAGUACGAGAGCUCUGGGGAAGUACCAGUAAAAAGUUUACAAGACUCAAAUGAAUAGGCCAUUUCUGAAUUUCCUCAAGCGCUAGAGCGCGGCUACGUGCGAAGCCAUUGAUACGAAUAAUAUUUUUUAUUCUCAUCAUUUUCAUAACAAAGGUAAAAACAAGCUGUCACAACUCGGUUGCCAUGGUUAUGUCAAUGUUGAAGUACACGUCACGACGACUUCAAGAUGUUCCCAGAUAAAUUUUAGGAAAUUCAAUAAGUUUAGUGGUCAUAGCUUGAAUGGAUUUGAAGUUAUUUAACUUUUUAACGAGAGGGAGGCUCCAAAAGCCCCCCCGGAUCUAAAUUGAAGCUAAUUGGGUUAAUAAACGCGCAGCUCCUUGAACGUCUUAUGACCAUUCAUAAUAUUUAUUUUGACAAUUAGAAUUGGCAAUGCACACAAAUAAUUGUCCAAUUCGAGCUAGGAAAAUGCUAAAUCCGUACAUUAUAUAUUAACAGUUAGUCUCCACAAACUCCAAUCAUGAAGUGAAAUUGAUAAAUCUGUUGAAAUUAGAUCAUUAUCCACCACUUUUAAAUGGUGUAUAUUUAAUUUCAACAAAUUUGCAAGUUAAAGCACCUGCUUGUUGUUUGUACACUCGUUUUGUUUUUAAUUAGAAUGGUCGGCUGAACAAUUCGUUACCACCUGGGCUGUAAAUUUGCAUGACAUGACUUUAAAAUUUCCCAUUUUGAUGAGCACAAGUUACAAGCGGUAACUUGCGGUACAAGAAGGAAAGCUGGAGAAACAUGAAGGUUCCCAGGCUUCACGUUGACGGUUUUCUCCUUCUGCUGUUAUCUAUUAUGGCUUUAACUUCCGCUUGCGUUGACGGUAAAUGUUCUGGUUUUUUUAUUACAAGGAUCAUUUUUUCUGCUUUCCCAAACUUCUUGAGGAGUCGUAUUGCGACGGUACAUCUGACGUUGAAAAUUCGUCAACUGAUAAUUCUAAUUCUGCUCGUUGAGUCCAAAAUUAUGAAGGAAAAAUUUUAUUCAUUUAGGUACAAUGGGAAAAAAUGAAACAACAAAAAAUAAAAAGUGACACUGUUGAGGUCUUUUUCAAAAUGUUUUUAGAGCAAUUGGAAAGAUCCGCUCCAUUAAGAUACGUCCGACGUUAGGAACAUGAAUGCAGUUGCUCGAAAAUUAUCAGUCUGAUCGGUCCCAGACUGGGACUGUUUAGUUUUACUUCUUUCUUUUCACAAUCGCCUUUUCCUCGAACAAUAAUGUACAGGUGCUUCGUAGCACAGGUAGAGCUAGGUGUCAACAGAAAAUAGGGAAUGUUUCACUAAAAUGUUUUUAACUAAAAGUCUUCUUUUAACCAACCACUGACUGGGUUUUCAAAUAAACCGACUAAGCAAUAUCGCAUUAAGAGAUGAAAGUCAGUUCAUUUAAAAAUCAACGUCCUUAAUUCGAGGUAAAUAUAACACAAUACUCUAUUCAAGCUUUUUUCUCCGGGCUCAGUAACCUUUUUAGUGAGCGAAAAAUUUUCAUUUUCCAUGGAAACAACUACAGUUUUGCACCAUUUUGACUUGCUUUAAGGUGGCUGAAUACGGUUUGGUAGGUUGUGAGUCGUUACUAUUCAUUUGGGUUAUUUAAGACUCGUUGCCGGUAUUAAGCUUAAAGUUGACACAUGCAAAACAUAUUUAUAAGGCAUUACGUUUAUAUUAGGUUAAACGUAAGAUUUCGAUCGUUGCCAUGGCAACAUGGAUGAUUUAAAACAAGCUUCAAAAGGCUUAUACAAAUUCCAGUCUUAAGAUCAACUUUUGAAAUUGCACAUUAGAUUAUAAUAAGCAAUCCUUAUUUUUUAAAAGCAACUUUACCAAUUGUCACAAACAGUUUUAGCUGUUUAUAUCAUGUGAAAUUGAUUGUGUCAGAAAAAUCCUCUGUUCAACUUUAAUUUUCAAGCUUUCUAUGGUUGAAGUUCGAUACUUGACAAGAAUUUUGGCAAAUUUCGUUAAAUUCCAUUGAGUAGAUUUUGAGAUAUGAAAGACAACAAAACAAGCGCUAGCAUAUUUACCCUAAGUGCGCAUGCUCAACACUUGAGCACGUGCUGGGGUCACGCGAUAUGACAAAAGCGACGAAAACGGAACAAAUUUCUUCAGAAACUUCUAUGUCUCUCAGCUGGUCCUCGCAUUCUUUCUAAAAAAUUUCAUUAGCUGCAUACCUUCUCAUGAUAAAUGUGUUAACAGAAGAGAGAUAAAGCAUUUCAAGGGGCGAAAACUCCGAGAUUUUAUUUUUAUCUUCCUUAGAACAUGUCAGUCUUUUACGCGCUCGGAAACAAUCGCGUCAAAGAAAUUUCUUAGCGCGCUCAACUUUGUGUCCAGAGAAACUGUCGUUCAGCCACUUUAAAACUCCAGCAUUACAAUUUAAUGCUCACUAAGUGUCUCCUCUCCACGAGUUCUAAAACAUUCCGCCCGUGGAUGAUCCGUCGAUCCGGCUGGGCAGUUGAAAUUAAGGCUACAGCUUUUGCGCCAGCGCGAAAACCAUACCGGACAAAGCAUCUGUUCAGACAUAAGAGCGGUGGUUUUACACGGGAUUUCUGUAACGAAGCGAAGCUACGCCUCGCCGAUAUCUAAAGUGGAUGAUCACAUAUACGGAGCACCUAGCGACGGUUUCCCUCUACAUGCAUUGAAAACACUAUUUAGGCUAUCAAGAGUAAUUUUCGAUCUCAAGAAAUGCAUUGGAACCCUGAUAAUUACUAACGGACUCCAAAUGCCCUAGGAUGACCGACCAGAUACAAAUUUUAUAGCGCUGCUAUAAAAAAUGUUGAGCAUUAAUUUGGAAAAAUUAGCAUAACGUCAAAACAGUGAAUGUUGUAACGCGGAUUUUUGGCCGGUUCGUAGGCUAGAUUCGACUUGAAAUUUCAAGGUGUUGCAGUAAAUCAAUCUCAAUGAAAGUAUAUACAUCAUGGAGAUUGUUUGUUGAGGUUUAAAAAGAAUUCUGUCAAGCCGUUUUAGAGAUAUACAGAAAAGCGCUAAAAGUCAAAAUUUAGAAUAAAGUUGUACUCAGACAGGUGGUGACAAAACAGGUUAUUUUUCAGCAUCGCAAGAAAGGAAAUACACCAAAAUUUACAUGCAUCGAAAUAUGAUAUUAAGCAGCCUUCAGACGCUACUUAAAAUCAACUUGAGUCAUUUAGAACUUUUUAAUCAAACAAUUUAUCAAAAAUUGAAAAUAUAAGGUUUUAAAUAUAUUUACGUUUUAUUUGAAUUCAAACAUACAAAAUAUUUUACUUUCCACGGAGGUUUUUCAGUAGCAGUGUCGGAUUUUCAUUAGCAGGUAUAGAUCGCGCGAAAUUCGAAUUUAAUCUAUUUCAAGGUUUUUUGUUUAUUGUUGUCAUGGUGAUAUCGAUUUUACUAAAAACUGCAUUUGGCAAUCUUCAAUUCAUAGUUAAUCACUGGUGAAAAUUUGGUGGAGAUCGGACAAGGAGAAAAUCACUUUUAAGGCGAUUGAAAACAUCGGUAUGGUCUGCGAAAAACUGUAUCGAAACACCUUAAAAGCUGUCCAGUACAGUGUAAACAUGGUUUAAGGCUCGUUUUUUUUUGACAAACCAAAAAAAAGAACAUUUUAAGUCGUUAUUUCAUACUUUAAUAUGAUCUAUCUUCGCUGCGCCCCCGCCAAGGAUAAUGAUAGGUGGCAUUAAAGUUGGUAGUAAAACCAUCACUUCAAUUGAAAAAUUCAUCGAUAGUCGUUUAUUAAGAGUGGAGUAAACAAUUUUUGGAUACCUUUGUAGGCUCGCAGUAAUUCAUUUAGCAUAUCCAUUUUAAAUUGUUUCGUUCUUGUUUCAGAUAACUGUCGUAUACUGGCGUUCCCACCACCUUUCUUCUUCAUUAACAAGCGUUUCGUGAACCACACUAUCGGAACUAAAAUUGUUGUUGAUAUUGAGACCUGCAAGCUGCAGUGUUACUACGAACACAACUGCGUGAGUGUCAACUAUCACGUGAACACAAAAACAUGUGAGCUCAACAACGCCACUCACCGAUGGCAUGAUAACGAGUUCAAAACUGAAGAUAAUUACCUGUAUCACGGAGCAGAUGUAAGAUUUUUCUUAAUUUUUAUCACUGCCAAUCUUCCUCCUCAUAUUUCUCUUGUUCUUCCGUUUUUUUCUCCAGUUCGUCUUGCUCUUUAGUUCUUCUCGUUGCGGUUUUGUCCGUCUUUGUGUUUUUUCCUGUUCGUGUUCGUGUUCCUGUUCAUGUCUUUGUCCGUGUUCGUGUCCGAGUUCGUGUUUGCGCUCGUGUUUGUAUGUUCGAGCUUGAGUUCUUCUUGUUGUUCUUUUUCUUUUACAACAACUCUUAAUCUAUUUCUAAUUUUUUUAGCUACCAUUUUCUAGUAACAAAUUUUAUUUGAGCUCGUAUUUGUUCUAUGAUAUCUACCUAAUCAACCGAAAAAACCUUUUUGUUAAGAGUGCCUGUGAUGAGAUCUACUGCUAUAAUGGCGGAACCUGUCAGUCUGGAUUUACCGUGAAGCGAUAUCGAUGCUUGUGUCCUUCUGGUUUUAAAGGAAAACGCUGCCGAAAAGGUAGGAAGUGUUCAGUACGUCACGUGUUGUUUUUUUUUAUUACCGUAUGUUCUAAAUUUAUAAUAAAUUGAGAAGAAACAAAUGUCAACCUUCAGAUAAUACAAAAAAUAUGCCCAUAUUGUUUUUUGCAGACAUAAACGAGUGUGUAACAGGAGAGCAUAAUUGUGAUGCAAAUCGUGCGUAUUGUAACAACAGCAAAGGAUCCUUUGCUUGUCUUUGCAAGCCAGGAUAUACUGGAGACGGCCUAAAUUGCACAGGUAACAAAACAAAAAUGUUUAGAUAUCAAGAAUCAAACGACGAAUAACAGUCAUAGAGUUGAAUUUAUUUCCGAGAAGAGAAAACUUCGGUCAGAGCGAAAACACUCGGCUUCGUGGGUAAACUGAAAACGGAAUCAACUUGCUCAGGUAACAAUAUCAAAAGGCCAAGGUAUCUAAAUCAAACGAAAAUAGAUUUAAGCAUCGACUUAAAGACACUUCCAGUAGAGAGUUUACGGUUGAUUUUUAAGUUUCAUUUGCAGUCAUGAUCAUAAACGAGUUCCAACCAGAUCAUGCAAAUUGCAACAGGCCAAAGUAUACAGUGUCUUCUUUUUGGAAGACAUUAGGGCAUGCAGGGAACGGUCUUAAUAGCUGUUGCAAAGACAUACAAUAUGCUUAACUUCUCCUCAAUCUUCCUUUGUGUCCUCCCCUCGAUCGACCCUCUGCCAUGGUAGUUUAGCACAAUUUUAGCCACAUUUUCUAAAUAACCAAUGUUGUUGAGGUUGUAACUAGGAAUAUACGAUUUUCUUUAUCAUUUUCAGAUGUUGAUGAGUGCACCCAAGGAUCACAUGACUGCCUUCAGAGUCUCGCGUCUUGCUCAAAUACUGAUGGCUCCUACUAUUGCACUUGUGGGGACGGAUAUAUAGGCGACGGGAGGACAUUCUGCGGUAAGAAUCACUGGUGCUUCAAAUGGAGGGGUGAUGGAUUAUAGUUAGUUGAUAGCGCGUCACGCUUAAUGGUUGCUAACAAAGUGCCGUGUUCUCAGCAAACCAACUCUAUAUCAUUAGCUUCAGCAAAUCUCCUCACACACGAGGAUCAUUUUGGCGAAACCUUUAAUGGACUGGCAUUAUAUGUAUAACCAGCACAUUGCUUCUUUUGAUUCAUUUGCCACUUACUAAAAUUGCAAAAUAAUCAGAAUACCCAUGACUUAAGAUCACUUGGCUUGCAGCAUGGUGGAUAGAAUCUAGCGAUCAAUCCUUGUCAAUAUGGGAUUUGACAGUUACUUUGAUGUAGCAUGAUCCAAGUGAUCUUGAAUCAUACAUCAGGAUCAACCAAAGGAACGAACCCAAAAAAAAGAAAAAUGACAAGAUUAGCCUCAAGAAGGCAUGAGGCUCAAAACAACAUACGCCUACCGCUUCAUCAGCUAAAGUUAAGAAGCGAAUUAUAAUUAGAAAAGGAUUGGGGGAAAUUUAUGCAAGAACGAAUUUUUUGCCUUGUCAAUAAAAGUUGAAACACUUAUUGAACUUUCAAGUGCUAGUCUGAACUUUUGUACUCAUACUACCCGCGUGGAGUUAAAAAUAAAUUCUAAAUCUGCCUAUUAAUGAAUACAUAAGGAAAGCAGCGGAUUUUUCCUUCCCUUUAGAAUUCAGUGCAACAUUCACUUGUGACGAUGAAAUGGAAAUUUUUGCUGACGGUCAAAGCCUCGGAACGGACAGUGAUUGGGCAAAUUCCACCACCUACCUUGUACCAGGAAACAUUCGAUUUCUGUCAGUAGCCGGGGAAAACACUCAAGGCUCUUUUCGCGGAAUACUCGGCUCCACUAGCAACGGACAGGUAACUGAUGGAACCUGGAAAUGUAGCAGCAAUUUUUCUAGUGGAUGGAAUUCCCCGGAUUUUGAUGACCAUGACUGGCCUUUCGCAAGAGAGAUUGCAGACCAUGGUGACGAAACCUGGGGAAAAAUACCUGGUAUAGCAGAGACGGCUAAGUGGAUAUGGGCCAAUAAUAGUGAACGCACUGUCUAUUGUAGGCUGAAACUGCAGUAA